GUUCCAUUCCUGCAGUGAUUUGAAACAGACAAGAAUUGGAAAGAACAACAAAAGCUGAUACAACUUCAAGCUGCAGAACAAGAAUUGGUGAGGAAACAAAAGAAAGGGAAGAUAAUGAGUCUAAUAGCUGUGAUCACAGCUUCCAUCCCUUGGCUGUGGACCCAGGUCUCACUCUGCUGGAACAGCCUUCCAACACUGGCUAUUUUUCUUAUAGUUUUUGCCCUGCUGCUUCAUUGUUGGAAGAGGAAGAGAUGGAGUCGUUGUCCACCGGGACCUGCCCCUUUCCCAUUCAUUGGGAAUGUGCUACUGUUUGAUAGAAAGAAUCCACAUGGAUGUAUCCAACAUUGGGGGGCAAAGUUUGGACCAGCCGUCUUACUCCAGGCUGGGUGGAGGAAUAUCAUCAUACUGAAUGGAUUCAAGAUGACAAAGGAGGCCCUGGGACAAAAUGCUGAGAACUUCAUUGACAGACCUCCAUGUUCACUGUUGAAAGUAGUCGGCCAUGGAAAGAAUUGUCAAGGAGUAGUGAUGGCAAAAUACAAGGAUGGCUGGAAGGAGAUGAGGCGAUUCUGUGUCUCCACCCUGAAAAACUUUGGGAUGGGGAAGAAAUCACUUGAGAAGAGAACAUCUGAGGAAGCUGGAUAUUUGUGCUCUGAAUUUAAAUCCACUGAAGGUUCUCCCAUUGACCCACAUGACAUCAUCUUCAGGGCUGUAGGUAAUAUAAUCUGCAGCCUAACAUUUGGUGAUCGUUUUGAAUACACCGAUGAGACCUUCCUGAGGUUAAUGCAUUUGGUUGAGGCGAUCAUGAAAGGAUUAACCAUAAUCAUGCCCCAGAUUCUGUCCGGAGUAUCCUGGUUGUCCUAUUUGCCUGGACCUCAUCGUAAAGUUCAGAAAGACUUUGAUAAAUUUUCUAUUAUGAUGCAAGAUUUUGUGAAUAAACAUAAGAAAACCAGAGACCCCACUGGUCCGAGAGAUUUUAUAGAUGCGUUCCUGGACAAAAUAGAAAAGGAUCAAGGGAAUCCAGAGAGCUGUUUUCGUGAGCCAAACGUUCGUUGUAUUAUUUUUGACCUGUUUGUAGCUGGCACUGAAACAACUGCUUCCACCAUACUCUGGGGUCUUCUAUAUCUGGUCCUUCAUCCUGAGGUUCAGAAAAGAGUUCAGGAAGAAAUCGAUACAGUGAUUGGCAAGGUAAAGUCACCCACGAUGGAGGACCAGCCAAACAUGACUUACACUAGUGCUGUGAUCCAUGAAAUUCAACGUUGUGCUGAUAUUGCGCCUGUUGUGUUUCCUUACUACACAACGAAAGAUACUGAGGUUGGCAACUUUGUCAUCCCUAAGGACACGACAGUCUUCAAUCAUUUGUCUGCAGCGUUGAAGGAUGAAACCAUGUGGGAGAAGCCACAUGAAUUUUACCCAGAGCACUUCCUGGAUGCAAAUGGGCAGUUUGUCAAACGAGAGGCCUUCCUGCCUUUCUCUGCAGGUCGCCAUGCCUGCCCUGGAGAACAGUUGGCUAAAAUGGAGCUCUUCAUCUUCAUAACCAGCCUCCUUCAGCAUUUCUCCUUUUGCAUUCCUGAGAAUUGUCCCAGGCCUAAGGAGGAGAGAGUAUAUGCAUUAACAGUCAGUCCAUCUGCUUUCCAGAUCUGCACCAUUCCUAGAUAAAGGCUCCAGGAUAACUAAUUCCUCAAUGUGAGGUGACCUGAUACAUUUUGUGGAAAAGGUUUGAGUGAGAAAAUGUAUCCUUGCAUUGCCUUAACAUGGAAACAAGGUGCCCUAUGAAUAAAAUGCAGUAAGAAAAACAAACUCCAGACAUGUGAUGUCAAUCAGGUUUUCCAUGACCGCAAUACACAGACUGUAUCUGGGUAAUCAUUUAGAGUAGAAGUUGUCAACAUGACGGCUGUGAGCCAUGCAUGGUUCCCUUUGUCUCCCCACCCAAAUUGAUGCUACACCACUGAAUUCCAGCAGUACACAGCAGCAAGAAAAAGUGCAUUUUC